AUGCUCCAACAGUCUACCCGAAACGGGAACGACGGCAUGGUGACCUCAGUGCCUGUUGAUUCUUCGGUUUCGCAAAUAUUAGAUUCCUUUCUCUACGCAAAUACGGAUCCCUCAAACGAGCCUACGCAAACUUUAGAUACGACUGUACGGUCGCCGCUGGUUCCAAUAAAGCCUCUAAUGUCUUCACAAAAGGUUACUACUGAACUUAGAGUUCGACUUCAGACUACCGGUGAACGAUCUAAUGUAUCACACGACAAAGUUUUAACGAUAGAAGAGCUUGAUACGACAUUAGAUGCCUCAAAUGACUCGAUACGUCCUUCCUUGAACACGGCUUUACCCUCAUCAGCUGCUCCAGUACAAGCUGAGACGCCGCCUCCACCCUCCAGGCCAAGGAGUAGUCGUAAACGGAAAGCCGAAAGUCUCGAGAAAGAGGCCCGUGUGAGAGACGAGGUUCUUAGGAAUCGGACCACAGCACAGCUGUCUCGUAACAAAAAGCGACAGCAGUUGAUUAAUCUUUAUCAUUUGAUUCAACCGGUGACUCACAAAUACAGUAAAGCGUGUAUAAAUUUAGUUAGCCGCAGCGUUAUUGUUCCGUAA